AUGUACACCCUCAGAUUUCGACCAUUCGGCCAUCUCUUCUCUAUUGUCACUCUUGCAUAUUCACCUAAUGGGCAGCUCAUCGCUACCGGUACAGUGGACAAGAAGAUACGAAUAUGGGAAGCGUUGACUGUGGGUCAAGUUGGGGAUGCUCUCGAGGGCCAUGCUGGGUACAUUCAAGCCCUAGCAUUCUCUCCAGAUGGGCGUCGCCUCGUCAGCGGAGCACUUGAUGAUGGUCUCCGAGUAUGGGACGUAGACACUCACGAGAUUAUCGCAGGCCCCUUCGAAGAUGACGCCCACACAUGGAUUCGAUCUGUCAUGUACUCCCCUGACGGAGAGCUUAUCGCCAGCGGAGGCAAUGAUGGGCUUCUCUGUCUCUGGAAUGCUUACACACACGAGCGAGUUGCCAUGAUACAGCAUUCUGGACCUGUUACGUCCCUCUCGUUCUCCCCUAAUGGAGAACGCAUCGCCUCUUCCAAGUUGAACGUCACUGGAUCUCUCUACCGCACUUCAGAAGGUGAUCUCCGGCACUUUGCCCAUGGUUCUUCCUCUCGACUUUUUGGCCACUUCUCCACUAUUGUCACGCUCGCAUAUUCUCCUGACGGGUCGCUCAUAACCACUGGCUCUGCAGACAGUGUGAUCCGUAUAUGGGACUCCAGGACAGGUCAUCAAUCUGGCGAUGCACUAAUAGGCCAUACAAGCUGGAUUCAAGUAGUUGCGUACUCUCCAGACGGCGGACGUCUCGUCAGCGGCGCACAUAACGAUAGGCUUCGUGUAUGGGACACCAAAACU